UUUCUCUCAAAGGCAUCUUGCAUCAGCCUGUGGAUGUAUGCCUGCCACCAGCCUCCCUUACGGGCAAAGGGGAAAGAGAAGCGCUUCACAACUAAUCCUCCUUUUUGGUUUGGGGGAACUCAGUGGAUUAUAACUGUUUUCUUCUUUCCCAAACUGUGCAGUCCUGGAUGAAAUGACUUCGGGCUGUUUUUAGUUGGGACCUCUGAGCCCCGUCCAAACUACGAGAGUCCCAUCCAAAGGAGAGGAUGGUUUUUCCAAGUGGCUGAAGUUCUCAGGACAGCCAUUUGAGGGAGAUCUCCAAGUGGCCCGGGGUUGAAUGCUCUACAAUGUUUUGAAGCUGUGGUUUGAAUUGUUUUAAAGAAGCUGAAAUAAUUGAAGAAAGGCAGAGGCCAGCUGUUUUUUGAGGACCCUGCUGCAGGGAGACUAUUCUGCACGCAUUGAUUGACACUUCUGUACAGAGAGAAUGGUUUACUACAGAACUCAGCAAUUUAUGGUCCAUGAGCUUUAGUCUAUCUCACCUCCAACCACUUCUAAGAGUGUAGGAGAGAAUUGGGGCCUCUUAUACUGAGAACUGCCUGUCAUGUUGCUGAGAAAUCCUCAUGGAAUUCCUGAAGGCUCCAGUUCCGAUCCCACCUUCUGAGAUGACGCUGCCCCCCAGGAUGCCCUUGGUGCUGCUUCUGCUGCUGCCUAUCUUGAAUUCUGCAAAAGCUCAGGUCAAUCCAGCUAUAUGCCGCUAUCCCCUGGGCAUGUCAGGAGGCCAUAUUCCAGAUGAGGACAUCACAGCUUCCAGUCAGUGGUCGGAGUCCACAGCAGCCAAAUACGGAAGGCUGGACUCAGAAGAAGGGGAUGGAGCCUGGUGCCCUGAGAUUCCAGUGGAACCUGAUGACCUGAAGGAGUUUCUGCAGAUUGACUUGCAUACCUUACACUUUAUCACUCUUGUGGGGACCCAGGGACGCCAUGCGAGGGGUCAUGGUAUUGAGUUCGCACCCAUGUAUAAGAUCAAUUACAGUCGAGAUGGCACUCGCUGGAUUUCUUGGCGGAACCGGCAUGGCAAACAGGUGCUGGAUGGAAAUAUUAACCCCUAUGACAUUUUCCUGAAGGACUUGGAGCCUCCCAUUGUAGCUAGAUUUGUUCGCUUCAUUCCAGUGACUGACCACUCUAUGAAUGUGUGCAUGAGGGUGGAGCUCUAUGGCUGUGUCUGGCUAGAUGGCUUGGUGUCUUACAAUGCUCCAGCUGGGCAGCAAUUUGUACUCCCUGGAGGCUCCAUUAUUUAUCUGAACGAUUCUGUCUAUGAUGGAGCUGUUGGAUACAGCAUGACCGAGGGACUAGGUCAGCUCACAGAUGGGGUGUCUGGCCUGGAUGAUUUCACGCAGACACAUGAAUACCACGUGUGGCCAGGCUAUGACUAUGUGGGCUGGAGAAAUGAGAGUGCCACCAACGGCUACAUUGAGAUCAUGUUUGAAUUUGACCGCAUCAGGAAUUUCACUACUAUGAAGGUCCACUGUAACAACAUGUUCGCUAAAGGUGUGAAGAUCUUUAAGGAAGUACAGUGCUACUUCCGCUCGGAAGCCAAUGAAUGGGAACCUAAUGCUGUCUCCUUCCCUCUUGUCCUGGAUGACGUCAACCCCAGCGCUCGCUUUGUCACGGUGCCUCUCCACCACCGCAUGGCCAGUGCCAUCAAAUGCCAAUACCAUUUUGCUGACACCUGGAUGAUGUUCAGUGAGAUCACCUUCCAAUCAGAUGCUGCAAUGUACAACAACUCCGGAGCCCUUCCCACCUCACCUAUGGCACCUACAACCUAUGAUCCAAUGCUUAAAGUCGAUGACAGCAACACUCGGAUCCUGAUUGGCUGCUUGGUGGCUAUCAUCUUCAUCCUCCUCGCCAUCAUUGUCAUCAUCUUGUGGAGACAGUUCUGGCAGAAAAUGCUGGAGAAGGCUUCCCGGAGGAUGCUCGAUGAUGAAAUGACAGUCAGCCUUUCCCUGCCAAGCGAGUCCAGCAUGUUCAAUAAUAACCGCUCCUCAUCACCAAGCGAGCAAGAGUCCAACUCAACUUAUGAUCGCAUCUUUCCCCUUCGCCCUGACUACCAGGAGCCAUCUAGAUUGAUAAGAAAGCUCCCAGAAUUUUCUCCAGGGGAAGAGGAAUCAGGUUGCAGUGGCAUCGUGAAGCCAGUCCAGCCCAGUGGACCUGAGGGAGUGCCCCACUAUGCUGAGGCCGACAUUGUGAACCUCCAGGGAGUAACUGGAGGCAACACCUACUCAGUGCCUGCUGUCACCAUGGACCUGCUCUCAGGAAAAGAUGUGGCUGUGGAAGAGUUCCCCAGGAAACUUUUAACAUUCAAGGAGAAGCUGGGAGAAGGCCAGUUUGGUGAGGUUCAUCUCUGUGAAGUGGAGGGAAUGGAAAAAUUCAAAGACAAAGAUUUUGCUCUAGAUGUCAGUGCCAACCAGCCUGUCCUGGUGGCCGUGAAAAUGCUCCGAGCAGAUGCCAACAAGAAUGCCAGGAAUGAUUUCCUCAAGGAGAUAAAGAUCAUGUCCCGGCUGAAGGACCCAAACAUCAUCCGUCUCUUAGCUGUGUGUAUCACUGAGGACCCUCUCUGCAUGAUCACGGAAUACAUGGAGAAUGGAGAUCUCAAUCAGUUUCUUUCCCGCCAUGAGCCCCCGAAUUCCUGCUCCAGCAAUGGGCCCACUGUCAGUUACAUCAACCUGAAGUUCAUGGCUACCCAGAUUGCCUCUGGCAUGAAGUACCUUUCUUCUCUUAAUUUUGUCCACCGAGAUUUGGCCACCCGGAACUGCCUAGUGGGUAGGAACUACACCAUCAAGAUAGCUGACUUUGGAAUGAGCAGAAACCUGUACAGCGGUGACUACUACCGGAUCCAGGGCCGGGCGGUGCUCCCCAUCCGCUGGAUGUCCUGGGAGAGCAUCUUGCUGGGCAAAUUCACCACAGCAAGUGAUGUGUGGGCCUUUGGGGUAACUCUGUGGGAGACUUUCACUUUUUGUCAAGAGCAGCCGUAUUCCCAGCUGUCAGAUGAGCAGGUUAUUGAGAAUACUGGAGAGUUUUUCCGAGACCAGGGGAGACAGACCUACCUCCCUCAGCCAGCCAUUUGCCCUGACUCUGUGUAUAAGCUGAUGCUCAGCUGCUGGAGAAGAGACACCAAGCACCGUCCCUCGUUUCAAGAAAUCCACCUUCUGCUCCUCCAACAAGGGGACGACUGACGCUAUCAGUGCCUUCCAGUGUCCUGAGGGCCCAUGUCUUCCUCGCAAGAUCUACCACUCAUCCACGCCUAAGCCACUCCACCUGGACAUUUAGUGGACCUGAGGGACAGAGGCUUGUUUGCUUUGCUCUCUCUCUCUCUGUCCCUCUUUUCCCUCACUCUACUCCCCCACUCCCCACCACUGACUCAUAUAUACUUUUUUUUACAUUAAAGAACUAAAAAAGAAAAAAAGCUUAGAAAAAAUAAAAUAUAGUAAAAGAAAUUUUACUUGAUAUAGCAAGUAUUAGAUAACAAAGGCUAGAAAAUUCAGGUAAUUUAUAAAGGUUAAAUAUGCUUAUGUUUAUACAUGUGCAGAUUUGACAAUAUUUUUUCCACAUCACCUUUUAUGAAGUAUUGUCAGGAAGGAAGACUUGAAGAAUGAUAAAAUCUUGGGAAACAUGAGAUGAGGCACAGGGAAAAAACUUGGUACCCAUGGAGAAUCUGAGGACUCAGCCUUCAACAUCCAAUCAAAUAUGGUUUUCUGAUUUGGCCUCUGGACAUUCUGCAUCUUGUUUUUCCUUCCCUGUCAAAGUGUGUGGUACAUUGUUGAAAAGUCCUAGGUUCUUGGAAUGGCUAUUUUCCUCAUUCAUGGGCAGGGAUCAAGGCUGUGGUUUGGACGUGAAACAGCAGGGAUGUAGACAGGAAAGAAUGUUUGUUGCAAGACUGCGGGAAAUGGAACUGUAAUUACGACUCCUGGAUAGAAUUCUUGAAUAGGUAGUAGACGUAGGAAAGGAACUCUAUGGAGGAUAGGUAACAGGUAUGCUAUUCAUUGUUCCUUUGGGAAGAUCUUCUUUGUCUAGUUCUGACAUUUCCAAAUAUGUAUUUUAGUGAAAUCCUGAUCUUUUUAAUCAGCAAAGUCUGAUUGUUUGUCAUAUCUUCCUAGGAGAUCCUUUGGCACUUCUUGCUCAAAUCUAUCACUUGAAUGGAUGAAUCCUCUGUGGGAUACAUGCAUUGCAGGCUGAGCUUCUCAGGCAUAAAUACCUAAAGGCCAUGUAUAACAGGAAGUAGGAUCUACUCUAGGUGGCCUCAAAAGGUUGAUUUAGGACCAAUGAAGGGAAGCUGCAGGGAGACCUCUAGGGAAGACAUAGGCAGAGUCUGAACAUACAAGGAUGUAUGGUUUGGCCCCAGAUGUGGGGAGUCCUUUGUCAGAGACAAGGGUCAGUUAUAGGCUGAAAAAUGAUGCAAGAAAAAUGGAGAUUUUCAAACACAAGAUAGAUGGCUGCCUAAGGACAUAUUUAAUGUCCUUCUAAAUAAACUUAACAUCCCUUGAUUCCAGUGAAGCAUACAGUUAGCAUCCAUUGCUAUGUUUAUUGCAUACAUUCUUGCUUAUGAUAUGAUACGACCAUCAGAAGAUCAUGACACCCUGGUCUCAGAAUUCAUGAAAAUGAAUGCAGUGUUGAUAGGAGUAACCUGAGAGCAGAAUUUGAGCUUUAAUCUUCCACAAAUCCGCAGAUUCAGUGGAAAGCUGGAAAAGGGGACCCUUAAUUUCCACUGAGGAAAAACCAGGAAAGAUUACAGAUAAGCUGCCCAAAGAAAUGGUUUUGCCUCCUCAGGGCCACCGUGAUUGCUUACCCCUUCCACCUUCUCCGCAGUCUUCAGAAUUUGAGCGCUUCCCCACUUAGCCUUCAACAUAGCUAUUGCUCCAACCACAGCGUAAGCAUACAUCUGAGUCCCACAGACUCAUUUUGUAGGUGGUAUUCUGAUCACAGCAAACACACUUCCUCCAUGGAUGUUCAGUGACUGCACUUUAGUUUCUCCCAGGAUUAAUUUUGGAGAAAUCAUUGGUUUGAGAGGCAAGACAGCACUGGUUGGGGAACUUUGCGCCUCUCUCUGCAUCAAGGCAAGUGUACUAUCUUAGGCAAGUCACUUUAUUUCUCUGAAUUUCAUUUCCUUAUCUGUAAAUUAAGAGCAGCGAAUUAAAUGGUCUCUUCUAGUUCUGGUAUGUUCAGUGUUUGCUGGAAAACUCACGUGGAUUGAACAAUCUUGUUAUCGCCUGCUUUGAAAAUUGGGGCCAGUAAAAAGGUCAUGGGAAAUAUAAUGGCACUAAGAAUGACACUUUCAUUUGUAUACUGCUUUAUAGUUACCAGGUGUUUCCUCAUACCUUAUUUCAUUAAUUAAGGGUCAAACAUCCUUUCUUACAAACUUUCCAUACUCUGAUUGCAAGGUAUUAGCUUUCUUAGAAGGACUUGAAACAAAGACCCAUGGGCUAUUCUCCUUUGUCCUUUAUGUCCCAGGAAAGGUUAUGUCCAGGCCAUGCCAUGCCAUGCCAUUUUAUACAGCAAAACAACACCAUUUUGUCUUCUUUUGUCUAACAAUCUCUUUGGUUUUCACAUUUUAGAAUUCUGUUCCAACUCACUGUAUUCAAUGAUCUCUUAUUUUAAAAUUGUUUAAAUGGAAAUUAGAGUAUCUGUAGUUCCCUGACUUUGAGACACAGAAAUACCUUAUUUUAGGUGGCUGCCAAAUAUGUCUUGUCAUAUACAUGUGUGGGCUUUGUCUUCUGCCACUGAGCCCUUUGUAUUAUAAACACAGGCUUAACUUCUAACCACGUCCCACUCAUAGAGUUUAGCAACACAACUCUGACUCAACAGACUACAUUCUAGUCUCCAGUACAUUUAGUAUGUAGAAUUAAAAAGUAGCUCAAAUUAAAGACAUGGAAGCAGAAUUUGUUUGGAAAAAGAUAGGUAAAUUGAUGGGAAACUGUGGGGCUUUAUUAUCUUUGCAGUAAAUCCCCCUCUUCAUGAUAUAUGUGCAUGAUUUUAUGACACCAUGUGUUUUAGGAUCAUCAGAUCCAAAUUUGUAUGUCUGUGUUGAUGGCUAGAUCCAGAUGUUGACACAUAUAUCUCCUGUAUGAUCAGGUAUGAAUCAAAAAAGGGGGGGCCAUGAUUUUAAAGCUAUGGAAAAUGUAACUCAAGGGUGAUUGAUCAAGGGUAUGCAACAGAGAGUUUUGUGCAAGUGUGGGAACAAAGCAAAGUGGAUGUGUGCAGAAGUAGAUGGGGAGGCUGCAGCAGGUGAGGGAGGAAGAAAGGUAUGUGCCUCGCAAGAAAGUGGAAGCCAAUGAUCUGGAUCUGAUGGACUCCACGAGGAAGCCUAAGAGCAAAUCUCUGAAGAGAAUUGUGACAGAAGCCAGAAAAAGUAAGUGACUUGAAGAUAAAAAAAUAUGAAUGUUGAAAGAAAUUCAGGGUGAUAGAUUGUAGAAGUAUUCAUUCAAGAAGGAAAAGUUAGGUGCAUGAAAUGGAAGAGUUUUUUCUUUUUGAGUUUUAAGAAAGGAGAUAUCCAUUGUGGAAAUAAAACCACACAAUCACCAAAGAAGGACCUUUUCAUUUCAGGGGAAGUGAAUGAGGGAGGCCAUUUGUGAUUUAGACUCAUUCAAGUGCUGAUAGAAGGAAUCAAUCUUUUGCCCGAACUGCAGUGGCUUUCCAAGUAUUGAGCUGGACAUGGAAACCUAGGAACAGCCAGCCUAAGGGAAUUCCUGAAUAUUUAUUUGUGUUCCCUUCUUUUGCUUUUGUUAAUGAAACCCAUUUUCAGUGAUGAGCACCGGUAGACAUGGAGACAGUAAGUUAGACAAGACUAAGCUAUGUGUGAUAUCUGCACAAAAGGUGUGCACCGUUUGUGAAACGUGAGCUUUUCAGUCCCACUCAGACUUCCCAUAAGAAAGCCAUGAAGGAAGUGGGGCAUGUGUUUUGCAUAAAGGAGACUAGAAGGAAGGAAGUGUCUGAAGGAGAAAAAGGAAAGAUGUUCCAAGGAAAUAUACUAAAGCAAAACAGUAUCUAUUUUUCCAAAAAAAAAAAAAAAAAAAAAAAAAGAAGAGAAUUACAAUAUAUAGCUAUGAAGUCUUUGACUUUCUGUUGAAUUCACAGACAUGGAAUUUGCCAUCUUAGUCUUUCCUGUGAGACCUCUCUGUCCUCUGGCAGUGCAGGAUAUGUCCCUAAAGUGUUUGGACCAUGUCAGUCUUGAUCUCCACUGGGAAAUCCUUCAGAAUUGAAAUUUCAGUUUUAAGCAAACAGAUGAAUGUCACUGUCAUGUGGUAAUGUUUUGGAGUGCUGAAUUAGAAAGGAAAAAGAUUGGAUGAUUAAUGGGGAGUCAAUUUCUAAAACUUGAGUUUCCUGCUCCAAUCAGCUGCAAUGUUUGGUGGCAGUAGGAUGGUAUUUGUUUAGUGGCUGUGUCUUUUUUGGAAACAUGUUACAUUGAAAUUUAGACUCACCGGAAGUUAAAAAAAUAUAGACCAGGUUUACCCUAUAUCUAGAUUUUUCUGUGUUGAUAAUAUUUUAGUCUACUUUAAACCAUGAAAUAAUAGUUCAUCUUGAACUAUUUUCAAAACCAGCAAAUUGACAUUAGUGUACUACUACCUAAACUACAGCCUACCUGGAUGUCACCAGUUUUCCCCCGUGUUUGUUUAGUUGCUGUAUUUUUUUUCUGAUUUGUAACCUGGCCUUGCCUGGAUAGAACAUGCAGGAUAAUAUCUGGAUUAACCUGUUCCUUGCUCUAGAUUUUAAAGUUAUUUGUUUGGAUUUGAAACCAUCCAGGAACAACAAGGAAGGAUUAGACAAUUCAAAAGCAGUAAGUCCAUGCUUGUUAAGUAGAAAGCCAGGUAUAGACGGAAUUCUCAGUACUGAAGGUCCUUCAGUUCCUAAUGAGAGACUUUUCCUGGAGGUGAGAUGAGCAGUCGAGAGUGAACCAGUGUUUUGGCCAAGGGUUGGGUGGCAUUUAUUUAAUGGCAUCAGAUAUAGUUUGUGGGAGGAACAGAACAUAAUGGUAUAGAUCACUGAUAUGUGAUAAAAUAUUUUCUUUUCAGACUAGAGAGAAGGUUCAUUUGUUUAAACAUCUGCUCUUAAUUGGAACAGCAACCACAUUGGAUCAAAUCAAAUGCAAACUUGGGGAGACAUUAAAACUCUGGUUCUGUGGAUUACGGCUUUGAGCUUUGUGAUCACCAUUUUAAAGUUGCCCUAUUCAAGAUUAUAAUAGUGCGUCUUGUAAAGUUCUGAGAACAUCUGUGAGCACUUGCCAAAUAUUUUGUGACUGUUGUUUUUGAAUGAGCAGAAGAUGGAAGUGAAAACUUGUUUAUCUAGCAAGGGUGAAUCUAGGAAAAAUUGCUUUGCUGUAACUUAAAUGAUUUAUUUUGAAAUAAGAAAAAAAUGCCCAGACUUGUGUCAGGUGCAGCGUAUCCUACAUUUGUAUCCUCCCUGAUUAUGCAUCAGUGGAAAUGGUUCAUUCUUUCUAGUAUUUAGACAGUGCUGCAAGGUAUCUUAAUAGACACUAGACCAAAAACAGAGACCAGACUCUGGCUCCAAACCCAGCACAUUAAAAUAAGCCUUUUAGUUCUUCCUCUAGAUACCUCAUCUACAACUUUCCAAGCCUCUAUAGGAAAAGGGAUCAGAAUCCCAAGGUAGCCCAUUCUCAUUUACAAUCAUAACUACAUGUCCAGGAAAAUUUUGAAAAGACCCACACACAUGUAAUUAUUUUCAGUGCAAAGUCAUUUUCCUAAAGAGAGGCACUGAAAUAACUGGCAGUUGUGAGGAUUCCUGCAAACACAUAAAGCUUCUAAUGCAGCCUGUCUUAACAGUUAUUUACUAUUUAUGCUAUCUUAGUUGUCUCACAUUUUCUGAUGCUGACUUUCUGAGGACUGGGGUUCUGCAGCUGUGUGGUAUGCUCUAGGCGAGGGAACAUCUGGACUUUAUUUUGCAGGCUUUGAAGGAUUAUGUGUCUUGUCAAGGGGUAAAUAGCAAAUGAGUUUGAUUUCUGCUUAAAACUAUCCUAGACAUUCCAAAAUAUGUAAAAUUUUUCUGUAUUAGGAAAUGAAACAUGAUACCAAUUGUAUAUUUUCUUUUCUUUAUUUAUUCUCUGUAAGUCUGUCAGAUGAUAAAUUGUAAAUAACAAUGAUUAAAGAGUCAUGCUAC